UGUUGAGACAGUGAGAACUCGAGUCACUUUCCCCAGGAACCAGGACUCAGAGCUGCCCAGAGCGGAAUCAGCUGGUGGAAGGUCCAGGAGUGCACAGGAUGGAGGUGAAUUCUUCUCUCCCAGCGAAUGUGUCUGGAGGGCCCCACGCUGUGCCUGCUGGCUACCUUGUCCUGGAUAUCUUCUCUUAUUUGGUGUUAGCAGCCACCUUUGUCCUCGGCGUCCUGGGCAACGGGCUUGUGAUCUGGGUGGCUGGAUUCCGGAUGACACGCACGGUCACCACCAUCUCUUACCUGAAUCUGGCCUUAGCCGACUUCUGUUUCACCUCCACUCUGCCCUUCAUGGUGGUCUCAAAGGCCAUGGGAGAACACUGGCCUUUCGGCUGGUUCCUGUGCAAGCUCAUUAAUACCAUAGUGGACGUCAACCUGUUUGGCAGUGUCUUCCUGAUCGCGCUCAUCGCCCUGGACCGCUGCGUCUGCGUCCUGCAUCCGGUCUGGGCCCAGAACCACCGCACCGUCGGGCUGGCCAAGAAGGUGAUCCUCGGGCCCUGGACUCUCGCUCUGCUCCUCACCUUGCCAGUUAUCAUCCGCCUGACCACUGUGGCUGACAAAGCGACGGGGAAAGUAGUCUGCACUUUCAACUUCUCUCCUUGGACCAACGACCCUGCGGAGAAGCUGAAGGUGGCCGUCACCAUGCUCACGCUGAGAGGGGUCAUCCGCUUCCUCGUUGGCUUCACCAUGCCCAUGUCCAUCAUCACCGUCUGCUACGGGCUCAUCGCUACCAGGAUCCACAGACAAGGCCUGAUGAGGUCCAGCCGCCCCUUGCGGGUCCUCUCCUUUGUCGUGGCCGCCUUCUUCCUCUGCUGGUUUCCCUACCAGCUGGUGGCCCUCAUCCUCACGGCGCGGAUCCGCCAGGCCCUGUCCGGCAUCAGCGCGGGCUUUCAGAGAGCCGUGAAAGUGACGAGCUCCCUGGCCUUCUUCAACAGCUGCCUCAACCCGAUGCUCUACGUCUUCGUGGGCCGGGACUUCCGGCAGAGGCUGGUCCACUCCCUGCCCGCCAGUCUGGAGAGGGCGUUCACCGAGGACUCGGCCCCGACCAGCAACACGGCCGCCAACUCUGCCCCCCCUCCUGCGGAGGCCCAGUCCCAGGCAGCCUGAGCUGAGUCGAGACGCUGAGCCCCCCUUUCCGGCCUCCGCCGCCCUCAGUUAUACCAAGCCACAGGCAUUCCUUGCUUAUCUUCCGGUUGCCCAAUUACAAACCAAAGAAUCUUUGAGCCCACCCAUAACCUGUUAAACCCCACUUCAAGAUGUCUUGUCUUUCCAGGCCAAACCCAUGUAUGUCUUCCAUGCAUUGAUUUAUUUCUCACCUGUAAUUCCUGGCUCCCUAAAACCAAACUGUGACCCAGCUGUCUCUGGCACAUUUUCUCAGGACCUCUUGAGAGCAUGUUACCUGGGCUGCAGUCACACACACUGGCUCAGAAUAAACCUCUUUAGAUUAUU